AUAAUCCAUUUUUUGCAAUAGUCUCCAUGAUUGAAAGUCGGCUGCAUAAUUGGCGGUUGUCUUUAUUUAUUUGCCUCAAUGUAAAGAUGACAUUCACAGAGAGAUGGGCAGUACGUCAAUGGCAAAAAAAGUUUAAUUUGCUGCAGAUUUGAAAUUGUUGCAACCUAGCUAGCUUGCAAUUAGUGGAUUAAAGCUAAGGGUCCCCCAAUCUGGUAUAAGAAAUGGACAAAGUAAAUCACAAGUUGGAAUAUAAUGCAGAAGUUUCCCAUGCCUUAGCUUGUUCAAUUCCUCUAUAUAAGUAAACUGCCAUAAGUUAGAGAAGAAAUAUCCCAUCCUAAUUUAGUAUAUUGGCCUAAGAAAUGGCUAAUCAUAGGGCGUUGUUUUUCCAUUUGGCAUUUAUCUCUGCAACAUUUCUGCAGAUUUUCUCCAUUGAUGGACAGUCUGAAACUUAUAUUGUCCAUAUGGACUUAUCAUUCAUGCCCAGAGCUUUUACUAGCCAUCAGAGCUGGUUUUCCGCUACCCUUUCUUCUAUAUCAAACAGAGGGCUUGUGUAUGCCUACACUAAUGCCAUCCAUGGUUUUAGUGCAGUUCUUUCUCCGGCAGAGCUUGAAGCCAUCAAGAAAUCUCCUGGAUAUCUGUAUUCCACUAAGGAUGCUUCAGUUAAAGUUGACACUUCCCACACGCCGGGAUUCCUUGGGCUCAGUUCCGACCACGGUGCAUGGCCGGCGACGGACUACGGCCGUGAUGUUAUUAUUGGGGUGAUUGACACCGGGGUUUGGCCGGAGAGUAAGAGCUUUGGAGAUGAUGGGAUGGGGGAAAUUCCGGCGAGGUGGAAAGGGGAAUGCCAGAGUGGAACUCAGUUUACUCCUUCCAUGUGUAACAAGAAACUCAUCGGAGCUCGUUACUUUAACAAAGGCCUGCUUGCCAAGAAUCCUAAUUUAACUAUUUCCAUGAACUCUGCCCGCGACACGGACGGCCAUGGGACCCACACUUCCUCCACGGCGGCCGGCGGCCGCGUGGAGGGCGCAACGUUUUUCGGCUACGCCACGGGUGUAGCCACCGGCAUAGCUCCAAAAGCUCGGGUUGCUAUGUACAAGGCGCUCUGGGAUGAAGGCGUUCAGCUCUCCGAUAUUAUCGCCGCCAUUGAUCAGGCAUUGGUGGACGGAGUAGACGUCCUGUCGUUAUCUCUCGGCGUUGACGGGCUUGCUCUGUAUGAAGACCCCAUCGCCAUAGCCGCAUUUGCCGCAAUGGAGAAGAACGUUUUCGUUUCCACUUCGGCAGGGAACCAAGGGCCCUACUUCGCCUCUCUCCACAACGGGACGCCUUGGCUUCUCACGGUGGCGGCCGGCACCGUUGACCGGGAGUUCCGGGGGGCGUUGACUCUUGACAAUGGAGUUUCCGUCUCUGGUUUGUCUCUGUAUCCUGGGAAUUCCACUUCCACCUCGUUGCCGGCCGUUUUUCUCGGGGAAUGCACCGACACGAAGCAGUUGCAGAACGCUGGCGACAAAAUUGUCGUGUGUCUCGACAAGAACGGCACGGUCGCGGACCAAGUAUUCAACCUCCAAAACGGAAAAGUCGGUGGCGGCGUUUUCAUAACCAAUGAGACCAACUUAGAAUUCUUGCUACAGAACCAAAUCCCCUCUGUGUUUUUAACCAUUGAAGACGGCGAAAAAGUUAUCAACUACAUUAAAUCCAAUUCCGCGCCAAAAGCAAAGCUGGAAUUUAAGAUGACAGUCCUGGGAACAAAACCAGCGCCGAAAGUUACAAGCUAUAGCUCAAGAGGUCCAUCCUUUAGCUGCCCAAAAGUUCUGAAGCCUGAUAUAAUGGCGCCGGGUUCUUUAAUCUUAGCAUCCUGGCCGCCGAAUUCCGCGGUGGCACAGAUACCCUCCGGCAAUCUUUUCAGUAACUUCAACCUCAUAUCCGGGACAUCAAUGGCGUGCCCGCACGCCACCGGAGUCGCCGCGCUUCUAAAAGCGGCGCACCCGGACUGGAGCCCGGCGGCCAUCCGGUCCGCCAUGAUGACAACCGCCGACGCCACGGACAACACCGCCGCCCCGAUUCAAGACAUCGGUUUCGACAAUGCCGCCGCCUCUCCUCUGGCCAUGGGAGCCGGCCAUAUCAAUCCAAACAGGGCGCUCGACCCCGGCCUCAUAUACGAUGUGAGCUCACAAGAUUACAUCAACCUUAUAUGCGCUCUGAAAUUCACGCCAAAUCAUACCCAGACCAUCAUAAGAACAUCAUCGUACAACUGCUCAAACCCGUCAUUGGACCUCAACUACCCAUCAUUCAUCGCCUUCUUCCCCGCUAACGCCACCCUGUCUGAUCCCAACAGAGUCCAAGAAUUCCACCGGACACUUACUAAUCUCGGAGAUGGGAUAUCUACCUAUUCUGCAAAGCUGACGCCAAUCGGCAACGUUAACGUAACCGUUGUGCCUGACAAACUGGUUUUCACCAAAAAGUCCGACAAGCAAAGCUACAAGUUAAGGAUUGAAGCUCCAUCAACAAUGGGUGAUUUCUUGGUUUUUGGGUCUCUCACCUGGGUGGAGAAUGCAGGUAAACAUGUCGUCAGAAGUCCCAUUGUGGCCACAACCUUAACGUUGGACGAUUAAACAACAUUUGACUACUCUUCAUUUACACAGUAACUAGUACUCUCAUUAAUAAUAAUGUUUGUUUUCUGUCAUUUGUUUUUUUCUUAACAUUUUCCUUAAUUAGGUUAACUCUUUUCCUUGUUUCAAGCAAGGUAAGCAAUAGAGAUAACUUCAAAAGGAAACAUAUUUCCGUUACUUGUAUUGUUUAACAUGUAUGUGCAUUAAUGUAAUAAAUAAAAAAAUUGUGCAAUGUUUUUACAUUUAAAAUUA